AUGCCACGACUUGGUACAUUUUAUUUUUGUAUUAGCACUGAUACGCAUAUGGAUCGUUUAGUUCGUCAUUUAUCUAAAGAUGAUAUUCAAGGAACUUUUACUAACAUAAUAUUUAAACAAGUGGAUUGUAUUAUUAAUUACAGAUAUCGUAGUGCCAUAUGUCAUGUCUUUUCAUUACCAUUCAUAUUUGAUUCUCUCGAAUAUAUUGGUAAUAAAUUUCCAACUAUUAUAUUCAAAUAUGUUAAAAUUUUGGCGGUGCACGAUGAAGUUCCAUUCAAACAUGAAUUUUUCAUUCGAAUUGCUUGGUCAUUUCCUUUACUUAAACAAUUAUCUGUUAUUAAUCUUAAACCACAAUCAUCCAUAUUUGAUCAAUUGACCUCUAAUGAUAAUCAAUUGUAUUCAAUUGUUGAAUAUCCUUAUCUUACUUUGCUUCGUCUUGAGGCUGUUCAUAUUGAUUAUGUUGAACAGUUUCUCAAUUAUACAAAAACACAUCUACCUCGUCUAACGAAAUUAGCAGUCGAUUAUGAUCAAUUAACAAUUGUUACAGAAAAUUUUACAAGAGAUACAACACGGCUCAAUUGUAUCAAUGUGAAACAAUUAAAUAUCAAUAAAACAUUAGUACACUCAAAAGAUUUCUAUGUUUAUUUUCCUUUCUUGUAA